CCAGUUAUCUUCAUUUUCUUUCUUUGUUUAAUUUACAUCAUUUCUACUCUGUCUCAUAAUAGUUUACCGAAUUAUUAAUCUAUAGUGUUUUUGCUCUCUUUACCAGCUUCAAAUUCAGUUGCACGACCCUUCUUUUAUCACUUAUCAUGGCUUCUACUUCUUCAACCCGUCCCAGCUAUGAUGUUUUUAUUAGCUAUAGAGGCAAAUAUAUUCGAGAUGGUUUUGUCUCCCAUCUCUUUAAUGCUUUCCAGCAAAAACAAAUCAAUGCCUUCUUGGAUGAAAACCAUUGUAAAGGAGAAGAUAUCUCACCAGCUCUCUUGGCAACAAUUGAAGAAUCAUAUGUCUCAGUAGUGAUUUUCUCUCAAAAUUAUGUCGAUUCUUCAUGGUGCUUGGAUGAGCUUGUGAAGAUACUUGGAUGCAGGAAAACAUUAGGACAAAUAAUCCAACCAGUUUUUUACCAUGUAGAUCCAACUGAUGUUCAAGAGCUGACUGGGAAUUUUGGGGAGGCAUUUACUAUUGCUAAGCAUGGAGAAGAACUCAAAGGCUGUUUAGACGGGGUGGAACAAUGGUGCCAUGCUUUGAUGGAAAUAAGCAUUAUAACAGAAUGGGAUUCACGGAAUUUCAAGUCUGAAUCCAAACUAGUUGUGAAAAUAGUUAAUGAUGUUUGGGAGAAAUUAAGUUGCUUCUCUUCAAGUGAUUCUCCCAUUGACAACUUAGUUGGACUUGAGUCACCUGUAAUGAAAGCGGAAUCCUUAUUAAGUAUUGAAUCAACGGAUAAUAAAAGAGUCAUAGAAAUUUGGGGUAUGGUAGGUAUUGGCAGAACAACUAUUGCUAAUGAACUUCAUUCCCUUUACCAGAACACGAAGACGAAGAUAGAAUUGAAAAUUUUCUUGACUUUAGUAAUUGCAUCAAUUUUGAUAAGGAGAAAGUAAUGGAGGAUGUAUUGGAAACGCAUCUGUUGAAA